CACAGCCUCGUCUUUACAAAACACGGAAAAGUGAAACAUUGUGGGUUUAGGGUGUCACAGUAUUGUAGUGUCUUGACUCGUGAACUGUACAUUAUAUUUACAGUUUGUCAGAUUUUGAACUUUAAUUUGGUGAUAAUCUUUCCACCAUAGCUUGAAGUCGUAUAACUCGUCUACAUCCUACAAUAUGCAGAACUACGCAGAGGUGGCCAGGGACUUUUUAGAGAGACAUGCGACCGGUCUCACUGUUGCUGUUUUGACAGGGGCCGGUGUACUGGCCUUGCGUCGGUGGCUGGCUGGGGGUGUGUGUCGGAGCAAGGUCAGGCUUGAUGGGAAAACAGUCCUGAUCACUGGAGCCAACACUGGCAUUGGGAAGGAGGCGGCCAUGGAUAUGGCCCAGCGAGGAGCCAGAGUGAUCCUAGCCUGCAGAGACAUAACCAGGGCUCGCAUUGCAGCUGACGAGAUCCGACUGCGGAGUGGGAACGGCAACGUGGUGGUGAAGAAACUGGACCUGGCUUCACUGCAGUCUGUCAGAGACCUGGCCAAAGAAGUUCAGGAGAAUGAGGACCGGCUGGAUAUCCUCAUCAACAAUGCAGGCAUCAUGAUGUGUCCUAAGUGGACGACUGAGGACGGCUUUGAAAUGCAGUUUGGCGUGAACCACCUGGGACAUUUUCUCCUCACCAACUGUCUUCUUGACCUGCUGAAGAAGUCAACUCCUAGUCGCGUUGUGAUCGUCUCCAGCCUGGCACACGAGAAAGGCCAUAUUCACUUUGAUGACAUCAAUCUUGAUAAAGACUACAAGCGUGAGGUGAGCUACCGCCAGAGCAAGCUGGCCAAUGUGCUCUUCUGCAGAGAACUGGCUGCAAGACUGCAAGGCACGGGUGUGACAGCGUACAGCCUGCACCCUGGGGUCAUCAGGACUGAGUUAGGCCGCCAUCUGUUCCCAACUUUAGCCCUGUGGAAGAGGAGCAUAAUCAUGCCAUUUUUAAUGAUGAUCAAAAGUCCCUGGGAAGGAGCUCAGACGACCAUCUACUGCGCUGUGGAUGAGAGCGUGGCUAAUGACAGUGGCCUUUACUACAGUGAUUGUGCUCCUAAAACUGCAGCCCCACAGGCCCUGGACGAUGCUGCAGCCAAGAAGCUGUGGGACCUCAGUGCUUCCAUGGUGGGUCUGGCUUAAACACAACAGCCCUGCUGCAGGAGUCGGUGUACUGGUGAACACUAGUA